UGUGUGUGUGUGUUUAAAAAAAACACACUCCUCCUUUUCUCCCUCUGUAAUCCCCUGAUGAGAUUCCAGGCUGUUCGCACUUUGGGAAUCAUCUGGGAAGCACGUGAAAGCUCAGGUUUUCAUCAUGCCAAACUGGGGUGGAGGAAACAAAUGCGGCGCCUGCGGUGGGACGGUGUACCACGCUGAAGAGGUGCAGUGUGACGGGGGGAGCUUCCACAAGUGCUGCUUCCUCUGCAUGGUCUGUAGAAAAGGGUUAGACAGCACCACAUUGGCCAUCCAUGAUCAGGAAAUCUACUGUAAGUCCUGCUACGGUAAAAAGUACGGGCCGAAAGGAUACGGCUACGGUCAGGGAGCAGGAACGCUGAACAUGGACCGCGGCGAGAGACUGGGCAUCAAACCAGAAGAAACCCAAACUCACCGACCCACCACCAACCCAAACCCCUCCAGGUUUGCGCAGAAGUUCGGCGGCUCGGAGAAGUGCGCUCGCUGUGGAGAGUCCGUGUACGCUGCGGAGAAGGUGAUGAGCGCUGGGAAGCCGUGGCACAAGAACUGCUUUCGCUGCGCCAAAUGUGGGAAGAGUCUGGAGUCGACCACUCAGACAGAGAAAGAUGGAGAAAUCUAUUGCAAAGCUUGUUAUGCAAAGAACUUUGGACCAAAAGGAUUUGGAUACGGUCAGGGUGCAGGAGCUCUGCUUCACGCUCAAUGAUAGUUGGGAAAUGUUUCUCUACUUUUAUAACACAAGGUUGUUACUAAUUUCAAAAGAAGAAAAGGAUUAUUUUGCAUAAAGAAAAAGUACCAUUAAGAUAAAGGCUGUUAUAUUUUUAUGAUAACUAAGAACAUCUCCUUUUGCAAAACAUUGGUUUUAAAUAAUUAAGUACUUAAUAAUAUAGUAUUUAAUAUAAAAUAUAAUUUUAUGUUGAUUUUAAUUAUCAUAUUUGUUUCCGUAAUACAAUAAAGUACUGUGAAUUUGGGAAAAUAUCAAUCCAAAAAAAUAAAAUGAAAAUAAAUAAAAAGGAAUUAUAUAUAAACAAUGGUUCUAAGAAAUAAGGUUAAUUUUCUUUAUGCAAAAUAUGUAUUUUUAAUAUUGAGUUCUAUUUUAAGUAGAAUUUCCCCCAAAUUCUCAUUACCAUAAAUUUAAAUAAUUGCUUUUUUAAUUAUUUAUAUUAAAUGUAAUGUAUUUAAUAUAAAUUAUUUUAUAUAAUUUAUUUUUGUAAAACAACAAAUCAUCUACUGCAUUACAGUAAUGAGGAUUUAGGAAAAUAUUUCUCAAUACUUUAUUUAAAAAUAAAAAGAUGGUUCUAAAAAUGUAGUUAAUUUACUUUAUGCAAAAUAUUUUUUAACCCUUUUACUAAUUAUAAUUACAAGGUUAAACGCAUUUUAAAAAUACAUUUAGAUUAAUAAAUACAUUUUUACAUAAAUUGUAUAAAUGUGAUUUUAAUAAAAUACUGUAUUACAGUAAUGAGAAUUUGAAAAAAAAAAGUCAGUCAUUUAAAAAAAAAAAAAAAGGUCCUAAAUAAGGUAAUUUUUCUUAAUGCAAAAUAGUUCAUAGUGUUAUUGUAUGAUAUCUACAUUUAGAAAACAAACAUGUUCAGUGUGCAAUAAACCCUUGUUUCAGUGCA